AUGGGGAUUCAGUACCUCUUCAUCGAUGCAAUCUCGAUUGACCAAAGUCUUCAAGGGGAUGAACUUGUCAAACAAGUCAUCGCAUUUUCAACACUCUAUGGAACCAUACCAGUUAUCGCUGCCUAUGACAAGGCCGAUGAACUGUUUAGAAACACCAUGCACCGUCCCUGGAUAUCCAAAGAAGCGCGGCUGUACCGCAAUAAUCCAACAAAAAUCGUAUAUGUCGGUCAUACUAGCCAAGGUGGAGCAUCGCUGGGGAAGUAUUUUCCCAAAAAUGAGCUCCAGGAUUACCGAUUCGGAAUGGAGCUCGACUCUAUAUGGACUGGGAGCUUUAUCGAGACCAUCAAUGGCGUGCUAUGCGGAGAUAUUGGGAUGUCGUACAUCUCUGAUCUCAAGUUCAUCAUCGCACCUUGCGCACAGGCGUUGGUCGUUGCCUAUGAGAAGAUGAGCCGGAACGACUAUCUUCUAACUGCCUUGAUUCUCUGCGCAAAUUACACAGAUACACGGGAGAUCAGGCUACGGUCGAACACGCGAGAAAACUCCUUUGAUCGAUAUAGUAUCCGCAAGGUUGACGGGCCGGGCUCUGGUAUAUUCUGGGCUGUUUACGGCAUCUUUCUCGAUGGUGUGCGCGUCGGACACUUGGAGGCUGCAGGCAAGACCAAGUCCCGCGUCGGUUCUUAUGUUGCAGUAACACCGAAUUCAGAGGAUAUUAUUUUAUCCAGUCUUGGUUUCAAGAGUUCUGAGCGCAAGGAAUAUACUGCAAACGUGCAAGCACGACAUGCUUAUUUCAGUAUCAGCAACAAGUCUGUCCCGUUACCUGAAAUAGAAGUCGUGUCAAUUGAGCUAUAG